AUGAUCUACGAACGACUGCUAGCGCUUUUCUUCAUAGCGGCUCUGUUCGCCAUAGUUCAUAGUCAAGCCAGUAAUGGAACCACCGAGAAACCGUCGUGUAGAGAUGUACUUGAAAGCUGCGAUCUGUUCAAAGAGUUUUGUGGGGAACCGUCAUGGACUUCGCUAGAGGGUCACUGUGAUAAGACUUGCGGAUUUUGCGAGGACACAUCAUCUUAA